UCUCAUCUCGCGAGUUUUCACUUACAUUUUAAACGCGGGAGCCAUCCGCUAAAGACUGAACGUUAUGCCAUAGAUUCUGUAGACGAUGACCUGUCUGCUCGAAUUCUCCUGCAAAAUGUAAUUCAAACGGAGUCCUCCAGGUCCCCAAUUACCCGCAGUGCCUCCCAGGCUCAGUUCCAGUCCCCUGGGUCCAGAGUCAGACAUAGUAUCAGACUAAGGAGGAGUGAUGUUGGGGCCCUUACCCCACAGGAGUCCCUCAAACAGAGCAUCAAAAAUAAGCUUUGUGAGAGCACUUCCAGGUCUUCCCUGCCAGAGCCACCCAGUAAGAGGUGGGCUGUAUCAGAGGGAGUCGGGAAGAUAAAUACGCCUGCACCAGCCACAGCCUCACUUCUCUAUGACGAUGACAUCACACCUAGAUAUAUACUGCAGAUCCUGCAGACAGAGUCGGAGACAUCCCUUCUGGUUCAGGACCGGCCAGUCCGGAAGGAGCCAGAGCUUCCCUCCACAAACUCCAGUCUUCACAGCAACCGCCCAAGUACAGGGCUGUCUGAGUUGGAUCUCCCUGACAUGACCACCACAGUAAACCUGUCAAAUACUGUGAAGGGACUAAGCAGGAAGCGACCAUGUCGGAGUCUCAACAUAACAGCAUUCAACAGGCAGCUUGAACAUGAAGGGCUGUCUGAGUUGGAUCUCCCUGACAUGACCACCACAGUAAACCUGUCAAAUACGGUGAAGGGACUAAGCAGGAAGCGACCAUGUCGGAGUCUCAACAUAACAGCAUUCAACAGGCAGCUUGAACAUGAAGAUGGAGAAGGUGGCAGUGCAACAGAAAAAGACCUCUCAUCCCUGUCUUCUGCCUCUCCAAGCUCUAUCACCUUCUCUCUGAAAACAUCCUUUGUGGACAUUCGGACUGAGAAAAGGAGAUUUCAAAGGAAGGUAGCAAAUGGUAAAAAUAUUUGCCUUGAGGAGUUUGACGAGGCCCUACGGAAUCGACAGGCGGCAAUGGGUGGAGACCCUGAGCUGAGUGUUAGGGAGGAUCAGCAGGGUCUCAGUGAGACCGUUCGUUCUGAGGGGUUCACCUUGGGACUGAGUGACCUCACCGCUCCUGACAUCACCCAUGACAUCAUCACCAGCAAAACAGAGCUCUAUGCCCCACCUGAUGACACAGCAACAACCUUCACUAUCGCCAGCCAGGACAAAGACACCAUCAUAGGCACACAGAUCCAGCGAGAAAUGGGAGGAAUGAAGGAUGAGGAGGAGAAAGAUAUGGAGGUGGUAGGGGAACAAAAGGAGUACAAGAUGGAAAUAGACAACAAAGAUGGAGAGGAUUUGGCUGUUGAUGCUGGGCAGAGAGAGGCCUUGGUGAGACAGGAGGAGUCCAAAUCACAGACCGAAGAGGUAGCUGACUCCCGGACAGGAGAAGAUGAGGAGCUGGCUAAAUCUCAAACAGAAGGAGAGGUAGCCGAGUCUCUGACAGAAGGAGAGGUAGCCGAGUCUCCGACAGAAGGAGAGGAGGAGGAGAUGACUGAAUCUCAGACAGAAGAUGUAGCAGAUGAAGGGAGACAGGUAGUGGAAAAAGGCUUGACAUCACAGAGUUUAGUACACAACGCGAUGCGCAUCAGUCGGAGAGCUUAUUGCUCAGAGGGUGGUGUCAAGGUUGCUGGAGUGAUGGAAGGAGGGAGGGGCUACAAGAGCAUGGGAGCAGAGCUCCAUCCUACAGAGACUGUUGAGUCAGGGUGUGCAGGCAGAAGGUCAGAGGGGGACACUGCUGGUGAGUGGCACAGCGGGCCGGAGGUGGGAGCUAGGGAGAGCGCCCACACCCGCACAGUAACCCUUGGCAGCGCCCCUCCCUCCCCAUUGCCCCAGGAAGAUGAGCUGGAAGGUUUGAGUAGAACAGGCACCAGCCUUGGAAACGCAGGUGUUUUCAUGGACAGCUCUGUAGGAAAGAAGGGGUUAGACAUCACAACAUAUACGCAAGCGCACACACACCUGAAUACAGAUUUUGUGGAUCUAACCUUCACUCUGGAUACCAUCACCCUCUUCCACAUCAUCCCAGUCCUCCUCAUGGUCAGCUGGGCUCUGGGCAGUGAUGGGGUGCAGGGAUGAAAUGCUACUAUGAGGGGCAUUGUUCUCAGGUUCAAAGGUCAUCUCUAAAGGAGGCAUGGAGUUCUCCUAUUCUCCUAUAGGCAUGGAGUUCUCCUAUUGACCCCCUGGCCACACCCACUAUUCUCAAAGACCUUCAACCAAGGCAAGUCACACACAAACACAUGCAAUCAUUUUAGUAGUAGUAUUGUGUGCUAGUUUGUGUGCAAGCUUGUGACCUAAUCUGUUGUCUUUUGAGGCCUCAGUGUUUCGGCUGGUGCUGCAGCUGCGCUGAAGCCCAAAGCGGUGAUGAAUGCAUUUGGAAAGUGGACUGGAUAGGCCAAAAAGGAUCCUGGUCUCUCUAAGAACUACAUCAUGAGCGUGUUCAAACACUUUGCCAAGACCAAGGUGUCUACAGAUGUCUACCCUGUCCUAAAGGAGAUAAUGGAGCUCUACUUUGACCGACUAGCUGAUGACUUUGAGAUGUUUGCUGCUCACGCCAAGAGGAAGACCAUUGAGGUAGAGGAUGUAGAGCUGCUGAUGCGGAGACAGGGGUUUGUGACUGACAGCAUGCCAGUCAAUGUGUUGAUUGAGAAAUAUCUCCCAAUGGAAUCCCGGAUGCUCCUCAUUCCUGUGGCAACAAGUGGUAACUACGUCAUUCCCAAACCGAGGAGAAAAUGACCAGCCUAUACUGAAAAUGAUUGGCUCAAAUCAUAAUGUGGGCUGAUGUUGUAUAUUUGAUUGAAUAUCUAUUAACAGCUGUUAAUUUAUUAUUUAUAGACACUCAUUCAAACACAGCCAGGACAAGACCAUGUAACCUGGUGUAAAUGUGUUUUUGUAUGAAUAUGGCUUCGUCUUUUGUUUUGUUUAUAUUUGUCAAAUAUUACUGCAAUAAAAUGUAUUUGAUUUAA